AUGGCUCUCGAUGCUGUUGCAACGUCCGAAAGCGCUUUGUUGCGUGCUCUGGAGAGGUUGAAGGCCACUGCAGGUCCUGGAACAGUUCAUCAUUCGUCCGACUCACUUAUUACUGGCGAUACGGAUGACAGCGAAGAUGAGUAUCAGCCGGGUCAAAAAGAGUCGGAACAGGAUCAAGCGGACAAAACAACAUCAGUUACACUGAAGGAUAAUAAUCGUGUCACUCAGCGCGCUAUGCUUACAACGGAAAGAGAGGGAAAACAACGCCAUGCAGACGAGCAGGUCGGGUUCAUUAUCAUAAAACGCGACAACAACAAGCCAGAUGCCUAUGGCGAGUCGUCGGAAACAUACGGCCCACUGCCGUGGCCGGGGGUCGCCGAAGCAUACAACAAAAAGUAUGAUAUGUCUGUCGGUCCAGCGGCGAUGGAGAAGCGCGCGCGACAACACCGACCUGCUUGGUUAGCCAAACAUCCAGGUUAUCCCCUCAAAAUAAUGUACGCAAAGAAACCAAAGACACAAGCCAUUCGGCGCUCGAAGGUUGCCGCCCUACAUGCUCAAGCUCCUUGCGUGCAAGCCUACACCAGCAACCAAAAGAUCCGUAUGGACAAGGGCGAAGGUUCCAUCUCCAAUGAACGCAUCGCCGGAUGGAUGCCUCCAGAUGCCAUUCGGAAUCGAGCAGACGUACAUAACUAUAUAGACGACCUAAUGUCGGCACACGUCGAAAAGGUUGUACUAGAGGUACAUGACGCACAUGACUCACCAUCUGAAGUUGUUAUCGGCGGCCUCGAAGACCUUGGUAGCAGCUCCGUGGUGCUUCAGCAAUUAAUGGCUGCCGACAGCGAGACGACAGUACAGGUUGAAUGCUCAUCCCUAGAGGUCGUUCAGUGCUUCUAG